AUGGGCAUGUUUUCUCUUUUAGUGCCGGUUUUGUUGGUUGCCGUUUUCGUAACACGAGGUGAUGCAGUUCGUUGCUGGACGUGCUCAUCCGAUUUAAACCCGUACUGCAAUGAUCCAUUCAUUCCAUCUCACGUCGACAACUCCGGCCUCUUCCGUCUUGAGAACUGUGAUGCCAACACUGGCGCCUCCUACCCAUACCUGACGUCGUCAAAGUCCGCCUGUAAGAAGCAGAAGAAAUUCGUUGGAGGUCAACUUGUGGUAUCUCGUGGUUGCACGUGGAAACGCCAAGAUGAUUACUCGAACCAAUGUCCAACAUCAUCAAAUGGUCACAAUGAAGUGACUUCGUUCUGCGAAACCUGUGACUUCGAUGUAUGCAACGGUGCUACCACCUACGGAGUCACUUUAGCCUUAAUACUGGCACCUCUUGGUCUUCUUCUUUUCAAGUAG